AGAAAAUAUUAUAUGAAACAGAUGUACCAGAUUGUUUCUACAAAUCUUUGGCAGAAUUCAUGUGAAACAUUUCCUCUGGAAUAAUAUUAUAAGCAAAAUUUCUGAACAUCACCAACUGGAGUGUCAAGAAGAGUAGCUUGUGUGUUGAUUAAAUUUGCUAAACAAAGGUAACACUGGACAUAAGUACAACAGUAGAAGUGCAUGUAAGGAAUAAAGUAUAAAAACAAAAGCAAGAAAAAUAUAUAAACUGGGAUUUGGAAGGAAAAAUAAUGGAAAACAGUGAGAAACGUAUACAAUUGAUUUCCCCUGAACCUAUGGAAAAAGAGAUGAUAUCAUAUGAUUGUGAUAUCUGUACAAAGUUCUUCCUUCAAAAAAGUGACCUACUUAAGCACAAACGUAUUCAUACAGGAGAGAAACCCUAUCGUUGUGAUGUCUGUGGUAAAUCAUUCUCUUGCAGUAGUACCUUAUCUAUGCACAAACGUAUUCAUACAGGGGAGAGACCCUAUCAUUGUGAUAUCUGUGGUAAAUCAUUCUCUCGAAGAGGUCAGGUUACUGUGCACAAACGUAUUCAUACAGGAGAGAAACCAUAUAAUUGUGAUAUCUGUGGUAAAUCGUUCUCUCAAAUACAUCACUUAACUGAACACAAACGUAUUCAUGCAGGAGAGAAACCAUUUAAUUGUGAUAUUUGUGGUAAAUCAUUUUCUCAACGUAUUCACUUAUCUACACACAUACGAAUUCACACAGGAGAGAAACCAUUUAAUUGUGAUAUCUGUGGUAAAUCAUUCUCUGAAAGUUAUGCCUUAACAAAACACAUUCGUAUUCAUACAGGAGAGAAGCCAUAUCACUGUGAUAUUUGCAGUAAACAAUUCUCUAGUAAAAGAUCCUUAACAUCACACACUCAUACUCAAACAUAUUGUGACAUUUGUGGUAAAACAUUCUCUUGCAAUAGCAAGUUAUCUACACACAAACAUACUCAUGCAGGAGAGAAACCAUAUAAUUGUGAUAUCUGUGGUAAACCAUGCUCUAAUAAUAGUGCCUUAACGUUACACAGACGUAUUCAUACGGGAGAGAAACCAUAUCGUUGUGAUAUCUGUGGUAAAUCGUUCACUCGAAGUAGUUACCUUACGGGGCACAAACGUAUUCAUGCAGGAGAGAAGCCAUAUCAAUGUGAUAUCUGUGGUAAAUCAUUCUCUGAUAAUAGUGUCUUAACUAGGCACAAGCGUAUUCAUACAGGAGAGAAACCAUAUCAUUGUGAUAUUUGUGGUAAGCCAUUCUCUGGCAGUACUGCCUUAGUAGCACACAAACGUAUUCAUACAGGAGAGAGACCAUAUAAUUGUGAUGUCUGUGGUAAAUCAUUCUCUCAAAGUAUUCACUUAACUUCACAUAAACGUACUCAUACAGGAGAGAAGCCAUAUCAUUGUAAUAUUUGUGGUAAAUCAUUUACUAGUAAUAGUUCCGUAAAUGUACACAGACGUAUUCAUACAGGGGAGACACCAUAUCAUUGUAAUAUUUGUGGUAAAUCAUUCUCUCAUAGUAGUGCUUUGACAUCACACAGUCGUAUUCAUACGGGAGAGAAACCAUAUCAUUGUAAUAUCUGUGGUGAAUCUUUCUCUCAUAGUAGUACCGUAACUACGCAUAAACAUACUCAUACAGGCGAGAAGCCAUAUGACUGUGAUUUUUGUGGUAAAUCAUUCUCUCGAAGCUAUGACUUAACUAAACACAGCCGUAUUCAUACAGGAGAGAAACCAUAUCAUUGUAAUAUCUGUGGUGAAUCUUUCUCUCAUAAUAGUACCCUAACUACGCAUAAACAUACUCAUACAGGAGAGAAGCCAUAUAACUGUGAGGUUUGUGGUAAAUCAUUCUCUCGAAGCUGUGACUUAACUAAACACAGCCGUAUUCAUACAGGAGAGAAACCAUAUCAUUGUAACAUCUGCAGUGAAUCAUUCGCUUAUAAUAGUAGCUUAACUGCACAUAAAUGUAUUCAUACAGGAGAGAAACCAUAUCAUUGUAAUAUCUGCGGUGAAUCUUUCUCUCGUAAUAAUACCCUAACUACUCAUAAACGUAUUCAUACAGGAGAAAAGCCAUAUCACUGGGAUAUUUGUGGUAAAUCCUUCACUCAAAAUAGUAAGUUAACAAAACACAAACAUAUUCAUGCUAAGGAGCAAUGAAAUGGGUAGUUUCUCAUUUCUUAUUUGCUAUAUUUAAUUUUCCUGUGUGUUAUGCAAUGGAUAUUAUGACUAAAGUAUUUCCAAAGAGUUUAGAUUUUUUUGUUUUGUUUUUGCAGUUUUGAUCUGCUUCUUCUUUGACCAUUCAUGCAUUCCCUUUCCAUGGUGGAAGGACCUCUAUACCAAAACUUGUCCUCUUGACAACCCUACACGUUGUUCUUUAUUAGAUACUGCAUCCACAAAUUUCUUUGAAUUUAUUGCUUAUAAUCAGUCUGUUGCCCCACAACAGACUGAUUCCUUGUUAGUGUCUGAAAAUAGUUUCUUUGAAUGAAACUUUGCAGAGAUACAAUUUCGAGUGACCAGAUUGAUGAUUUUCCUAAAAUUGAGGAAAAAACUGUUUGGAGGAGAUUCUGAUCACUCUCAACCCCACCCUGUCUUAGUUAAUACUAACUUCAGAACCUGGGAAAACCUACCAGCCAUUUGAUCACUUAUGGGUCUAGUGACACACAGAAAGCAGAAUAGGCGGAUACUUGCGAUUGCAAAGUUGUUCUUUGGUAAAGAAUGGACUUCACUACAUAGGUUAGCAGUUAUUGGCUUGAGACGGACAAUGAGAAAGUCGGAGAUUUGAACCAAUCUGUAAAAGAAACUCCUGGAAGCUCAUGGAUGCUUCAGAUGGUUGGAAAUUUAGAAAUGUACUAAUUAAAGCCUUUGAUGAAAAGAGAGAGAGAUAGGACAAUUGGAAGCUCUGAUGAGACAACCCAUGUAAAGCUGCAAAAGAAAUCUGUGGCUGGUGCAAGAUGUCACCCAUUUGAGGGAUGACAUGGUGGUGGAACAGGGAAGUAUACUGAGCAGUAGAAGCAGAGAGGCAGUCUCGGAAGAACGGGAGCAGUUGGUAGCUAGAAGAGAAGCCAGGAAGCAGGACACUCUUUAGCAAUGAAAAAGUAGAGUACAAAGAGGACCAAAAAUAUGAAGUGUUCUGGUUUGAAGAAAUUGAUGUGUGAGAUGUGUGUGCAGACGGAUAAUGACUGACUUGCAUUCAGUGAUUCUGAAAGGAAAGAGGCUUGGAAGUGCAAAUAUGAAAGGAUAUUGUUUUAAGAGCAUUGUCAAGAGCAAAUAGCAGAAGAUCCUCAACUCACAGAAAAGGACUUCCAGGCUAGAUUCCAAAAGUGACAAUACAAAUAGAAUGGGAACUUUUUGAUACCCCUUCAUAUCUGUAUGAAGCAAUUCGAUCCUGGAUUCCAGAUCUGGAAGUACAACUCUAGCCUGAAAUAUGAGACUUCUGUAGACCUUCCUUCUGGUCAUGGCUUUGUAGUCUGUUGCUGCUGUCAAUGUCAUGUCUUACAUUGUUUAUCCUAUUCAGUAUUUAGCAGCAAUCAUAAUGUCAGCAGUUUUCAUACCCAGUGUAAAUCAUCAUGAUACAGGUAACUCUCUUCCAACAUUCAGAUGGUUUCCACUCCUCUCUAUGUUAGCUAUUUUCAACUACAUCUUUAAUCUUUAUGCACUCCCACAAUAUUGACUGUUCGCCAAUACAUAAAGUGUUUUUCUGAAAGGUAGAGACUUAAAAUAUUGUGAAAUUAAGCCUGAACACGCUGUAUACAAAUGUUUAUAUUUACAAACUUGCAGACUCUUAACUUGUAAUGUGUAAAUUGUUUGUUUCUUAAAGGCAUCAUAAAAAUGUAUUCUCAUUCUCUUCACCAUGUCCCUCCCCUCUCUCUCUCUCUCUUUCUCUAGUUAUAUAUGUAUAUAUAUAUAUUAUUUCUUAUGCAUUGCUUUCAUUCUGUUUUAAACUUUGUCUUCCAGCGUUUGCUAUCACAGCUAUCACAUACAAUUCCUGUUUUCUGAUUUGAUAAAAAUAAUCAAAUUGCAAAAUCUGUAAAAAAUUUAUAAAAUUUUUGUGGAAUAAAUUAGUCACAAACUGGGA